AUGGGUUUACGGGAAUGGCCAGGCUACCUGCCCCUUAUCCCCAUUCUGCAGAAAUACAAAAAAGACGACUUCAGUCACGAUCUGGUCGCCGGCCUGAUUGUCGGCAUGGUGACCAUCCCCCAGGCCGUGGCCUAUGCUUUUCUCGCCGGGGUGCCGCCAGAAGCCGGUUUGUAUGCUUGUCUGGUACCCAUGGUGUUGUACGCACUCUUCGGCAGCAGCCGACAGAUGGUGGUGGGUCCGGUUGCGGUAGCCGCUCUGUUAGUGGCUGCGACCGUGAGUGAAUACGCGCCAAAGUUCAGCGACGAAUACCUGCAGAUCACCACUAUCAUCUGUUUGCAGGCGGGUCUUUUUCUGUGGAUCUUACGAUUAUCGCGCAUGGGCGGCCUGGUUAACCUCUUGAGCCACCCGGUGAUCACCGGCUUUGUAAACGCCGCCGCGAUUCUCAUUAUUGUCAGUCAGAUUCCCGCUUUUACCGGCAUUGAAAGUGAAUCAUCUCAGCCGCUGUCGGUGAUCACGGCACUGGUCACUGCGUUACCACAGAUUGAUCGGCUGACCCUGGUUACCGGUGCUGUGGCGCUCACACUGCUGCUUACCUGGCCGCGCAUCCUGCCGCCUCUGAGUCGACUUGUGGGCAUGGCUAUUGACGAUACUCAUCCCGCUACCAAGGUGGGUCCGAUGAUCGUUGCUACACUUGCUGUGGUCUGGGCAACCCUCAGCGGGGCCGACCAGCAGCUGGCAACCGUUGGAGUUGUGCCUGCAGGAUUACCGGAAGUGUCACCACCACCUCUCGACUUUGAUCUGUGGCUCGCCCUGUUACCCUCUUCAGUGGUUAUCGCGCUGGUGUCCUAUGUGGAAAGUUAUUCCAUCGGAGCCACCCUCGCCGCCCGCAAACAGACGCGGGUGAAUUCCCAUCAGGAGCUGAUUGCCAUAGGCGCAGCCAACAUCGGCGCAGCCUUCACCGGUGCUUAUCCAGUGGCAGGCAGUUUUUCACGCUCCAGCGUGAACUAUCUCAGCGGUGGCCGCACCCCGGUCAGCAGCCUGGUUUGCGCGGCGGUGAUUGUAAUUGUGCUGUUGUUUUUCACCCAGUUAUUCAGCGCCCUGCCGCAUGCGGUCCUGGCUGCCAUCGUGAUGGUAUCUGUGGUGGGUCUGAUGGAUCUGAAAAGCUCACGGCAUCAUUGGGCUAUUCACCGCCACGACACCCUGACAGAAAUUGCGACCAUGCUGAUGGUGCUGUUUCUUGGCGUAGAAGUUGGACUGGCUGCUGGGGUACUGUUGUCUAUUGCGUUUUUCAUCCGCACCUCAAGUCGACCCAACAUCACCCAGGUAGGACGACUGGCCGACACCGAACAUUUCCGUUCUAUCAAACGCUAUGAUGUCGAAACGCUGCCCGGCGUCCUGGCCCUGCGCGUGGACGAAAAUAUUUACUUUGCCAAUGCAGUGCAGAUUGAAGACAAAUUCCUGAAGCGCGCCCAACGACGCAAAGGCACCAAACACGUUCUGAUAGUCUGUGGCUCCGUGAAUAUGAUCGACGCCACCGGCCUGCAGAUGUUGAUUCGGCUGAACAAUAACCUCAAACAGGCGGGCAUUACUUUGAGCUUGAGUGAUUUGAAAGGCACACUGUUGCCACACUUGAAUGCAGCAGGCCUGGACAAGAUUAUCACCGGACAGAUCUUUUUCAGCACAGAUCGGGCGAUGCGGUAUUUUGCUGAGGAAGCUCGAGCACAGGCUGAAGAUAACAAAGCCCAGGCAGACGCCGACCCAUACAUUACCGGCCACGCCAAUCGCGCAAUAUUUGUGGUUAUCGCGGUGCUGCUGAGUCUGAUUACCCUGUUUGCACUGUUCGAAGAGAUGGAUGAAAGUCAGACGACCUACGGAUUGUGGGAAGCGGGCCUCUAUGUCUUGCAGACGCUGCCUCGACGCUUCGAUGAAAUCCUCGUCUACGGCCUGUUUUUAGGUUACCUGAUUGCGCUGGGCAGUCUCGCUGAAACAAACGAACUCACUAUAUGUCGCGUGUCGGGUAUGUCUGCGCAACGCCUCUGUCUGGCGCUCGCCCCGUCUAUGAUUCUAUGGCUGUCGUUAAGUGUCAUCGUUGCUGAAUUCAUUGCACCUGCCAGUGAACGGACCGCUGAAGUCGGCAAGCUGCAGGCACAAUAUGGCGACGACGCAUUAGGUUUAAUGGGCGGCUUAUGGUUACGGGACCAGCAGCUGUACAUGCGAUUGAACGCCAUUGACGAAGAAGGUCAGAUCUGGGGCGUUGAGCAACUCUGGCUCAAUGAAGACAAGCAACUGCAAACAACCAUAUCUGCGGCUUCCGGACGCUACUCUGAACCCGAACAGAUGUGGUUACUCCAGGAUGUCGUCAAAACCGAGCUGAUUAACGGCGCAGCCACCCAGGAAUCUCUGGAUGAAUGGCAGUGGAAUAAUCCUAUCACGCCAGAGCUGUUGGCGAGCCAGGCCUUUCUCGAACCGAACAAGAUGUCUAUGGCCGCUUUAUACCGGCAGAUCGCCUUUGCCCGCACGCAGAGCCUGGGUGUCUCCGAGUACGAACUGGCAUUCUGGAACCGGGUGUUGAAGCCGCUGACCUUUCUCGGCCUUACACUGUUUGCGCUGGCGGUGGUCAUCGGCCCACUACGCGAGGUGGGCAUGGGAUUACGCCUGACCUUUGGCAUAUUUGCCGGGCUUGGGUUCAAGUACCUGCAGGAUCUGUUUGCGCCUGCAGCCAUCGUCUUCAACAUCCCUGCACUUAUCGCUAUUCUCAUUCCGAUCGCCGUUUACUGGUUUGCGGCAAUCGCACUGAUCCGUAAAAACGCCUGA